AUGUCUUCUCUCUUAUUCUCUUUCAUAUUUCUUCCAAAUCUUCUUUCUUGUUCUUUUUCAUUUUUCGUUAGUUUCUUCUUUUUCGUUCUUUUACAUUUUUCUUCAGUGUCUUCUUUCUUGUUCGCUUUCAUUUUCCUUCCGCGUCUUCUUGUAAUCCUUCAUUUUUUUCAGCGUCAUCUUUCUUGUUUUCUUUCAAUUUCCUUCCGUGUCUUCUUUCUUGUUUUCUUUCAUUUUCCUUCCGUGUCUUCUUUCUUUUUCUCUUUCAUUUUCCUUACGCGUCUUUUUUCUUGUUCUUUUUCCUUUUUCUUCGAUGUUUUCUUUUUUGCCCUCUUUCAUUUUCCUUACACGGCUUCUUUCUUUUUCUCUUUCAUUUUUUUUCACUGUCUUCUUUCUGGUUCCCUUUCAUUUUUUCUUCUGCGUCUUCUUUCUUUUGUUCUUUCAUUUUCCUUCGAUUUCUUCUCUUUUAGUCUCUUUCAUAUUUCGCCCACGUCUUCUUUCUUGUUCUUUUUCAUUUUCCUUACGCGUCUUCUUUCUUUUUCUCUUUCAUUUUCCUUACACGGCUUCUUUCUUGUUCUUUUUCAUUUUUCUUCGAUGUCUUCUUUCUUUUUCGCUUUCAUUUUUAUUCUGCGUUUUCUUCUUCUUUUUCAUUUUUCGUCAGUGUCAUCUUUCUUGUUCGCUUUCAUUUUCCUUCCUCAUCUUCUUGUUCUUUUUCAUUUUCCUUCUGUGUUUCCUUCUUGUUCUCUUUCAUUUGUCGUCAGUGUCUUCUUUCUUUUUCUCUUUUAUGUUCCCUUUCAUUUUCCUUACGUAUCUUCUUGUUCUCUUUCAUUUUCUUUCAUUUUUAUCUUCGUCUUUAUUUUCACUCCAUUUUUCCUUAUAAUGAAACGCAGAUGUUUCAAACCUGAAAGAAAGAAUAUUAUUUCUCAGAACGGCAAGAUCCCACUCAAUGUCGUCUUAGUGAUUUCAGAACUUGUAAUAUAA